AUGGAACACAAUCCAACUGAAUUUUUAAAUUCACUUGAUUCACCAGAAAUUCCGCCGUACGUUCUAACAUUGAAAAUUGACGUUCACAUCAUUAUUUUAUGGAACAUCAAUCUACCACCCCUCUGCAAUGAUGCUAGGCUUUCAGUGAAAAAUUUGAUGAACCUCAUAAUCAAAGCCAUCAUUUUAAACGGAAGAUUUAAAGACGAAAAUGUACAAUUACCACGCAUCCCAAUGACUCCAACAGAUAAGCCAUUGGAAUUCAAACUUUUGCAGUUUCCAGUACAACUCGCUUUUGCAAUGAUCGUUAACAAAGCACAAGUACAAUCAAAACAAAUGUGUGGACUGAAUUUUGAGAAUUCAUGCUUCUCACAUGGACGUGGCCUGCUCACGCGUCAGAAAACCUUCUGA